AGGGACACAGAGGAAGAGGCGGGGCAGAGACACAUCCACAGGAGACGGGACAUAAACCAGGCGACGCUACACCUCCUCCUCUCCUCCGGGCUUUGUUCCUCUCCACUCCUCCGGGGCUUGCUUCUUCUCCGCUCGGGUAGCAGUGCUCUUCAGUUCCGGUUCGGUGUCCGGUGCCUGUUCUCGGGAUGUCUGGGUACGAGGCUUUCCGGGCGCAGCUGGCCUCCAUCAUGGCGGCGGUGGCGGAGAUGUGCGAGCUGCUGGACGUUAACUACUCCACGCUGCAGCAGGAGCUCAGCCGCAGCCACCGGGAGAACGAGGCGCUACGGAACAAACUGCAGCUCAUCGAGAACAUCGUGGCCCGCGGAGCGCCCCGGGGAGAGGUGCUCGUGUACGGCGGCAGAGAGGAGCAGUGCGACGGGGAGAGGCUGGAUCCGAGCACCGAGGGCCAUACAACUCCAGCACGUGGGGCCACAGUGACGAGGAACGGCUCUGCUGUGUCUCCUCCUGAUACCACCACCCAUGGGUGCAGUCCCAGAGCCGCAGAGAGCACUCUGCACUUCAGCCUGAGGCUGACAGCUGCAGAAGGGACACAAGCGAUAGAGUGGAAGGAGGAGAUAGAGGAGAUAGAGUGGAGGAACGAGACAGCGACGGAAGGCUCACAGGAGACGCAAGAGUCACAGGAGACACAAGGGUCACAGGAGACAGGGGACACACAGGAGACACAGGAGGCAGACAGUGAAGAUGUGGUGCUGAUAAAAGAGGAGGACACAGAGGAGGAGGAAGACGACGACAGUCCUGCAGCUCCAGACCAACAGCCUCUGAGCCACACAGAGUCAGAAGUGAGUGCUGCAGGGCCCUCCAGUCUACACUGUGAACCUGUGGAGUCAUCUCCGCCAGGGGGCGCUGUGCACACAGUCAUAGACCUGACCCCAGAGCCCACCCACAAACCCUUCACCCUAAACCCCUCCCAUAACAUCCCGUCUGCCAAUGACACUGCCCCUCACAACACUUGGCCCAACCGGAGCACGCGGCGUGUCCCCACGAUGCAAAGGCCGGACCGGGACUUAAAUGCCUUCCCAUUCAUUGGCCUGAGUGCGACGCAGCUGGAAGUGACGAAGUUGAAUGGUGAACGGCGGUUUGUCUGUACGUACUGCGGUAAAGGCUUCUCGUCGGCACGCGGCCUGGAGACUCACAUUAGGGUACACACGGGGGAGAGACCCUUCAGCUGUGCGCAGUGUGGAAAGCGCUUCACCCAGUCUGGACACCUCAAGACCCACCAGAGCGUGCACACUGGGAACCGGCCCUUUGGCUGCCUGCACUGUGGUAAAAGGUUUGCUGGGAAGCAAAACCUGAGGAUACAUCAGCAGAAGCACCACCCUAAUGAACCGCAAGCACCGUGACAUAAGAGAUCAAGAGCAGGACAUAAGCAGAUGGAGGCAAACAAGCAGCUUGAUGCUGGCAAAAAAGAUGCUGAACAGUUUUUAUUUCAUGUGGAUAAGCCCAGUAAUUAGAGAUAUUGACCAGAAACCAGGUCAAAACAUCUUUAUUUGAAUCUUUAGCACCAUAAAAGUGUUAUUUUUAAACUCCUACUUAACUUAAACUAUAAGCUUUUUAAAAAGUUGUGACAUCAUUUGACAUCUCAUCUUUGACAAGCGACAUUGUCCCCUAACUGACAAAUGAGUGGCAGGUAGAGUAGAGUGGAGUGGCAGUGGAGUGGUAGAGUGAAGGUUGAAGAUUAGAAAAGCACUGGCUAUAGAAAUGUGACCAUUUAACAAUUUUAUAGAGCAGUGGUUCCCAACCUUAACGACAUCUAUUUUAUCCAUGGAUACUUUGGUGACCCUAACAUCCUUCUACCUGAGAAGCUACUGUCUUAAAAGGACAAUAUUAUUGUCUGGUAAAUAAGAUGUUAUAGAAUGGGAAUGACUAUGAAAUACUUUACAGAACUCUAGAAAGUUUGGAACUUUCCCUAAGAACCCCUUUGGGACUCCCUAAGAAUUAAUUAGUUUGAAAACAAACAAAAAUUGAUCUGAUGUGGUCAUUGUUAAUGUUUUGGUUGAAGAAUUCUGAUGUUGUAUAUUUCAUUCUUCAUUCUCUGGAGAACACUGAUAUCUCUAGGGUGGAAUGUUCAGCAGUUAGUUGUGGCAUGAUGGCACAACGCACACAAUAGCAAAUACUGUCAAAAAGGUUUAAGACAGGGGUGCCCAAACUUUUUUCACUGAGGGCCAUAUCUUGAAAAAUAUUCGACACGGAGGGCCACAGUGGUCAAUACAGUGGAUAAUUCAGAUGGUGCAUUUAACAUAGUUUUGUCUGAAAAGAUGUCUGUGGAAUCCCAUAGUCAUCCAGGAAUAAUGAAUUUGAAUUUGAAGGUUAAAAUGGAAAGCUUACAAAACAGCUUGCAAAACAGGAUGGCUACUUUAUUCCCAGAAGAAAUAUUUCAGAGGAGCAACUAUAUAGCUACAGGUCAGCUAAAACGACACAAGGAAACCAAAGAAUGUCACAGGAGUUUAUGCAACUCCAUAAACAAUCUAACCCUAGGGAUUGGAGAGACAAGGGGAUGAACACCUCCAGAGGAAAGGAAGACUAUUACCGCUCUUGAGAAGGACCACAGCAUCAACAUUUUGCCAACUUACAGCAGGACUGUUUAGAAAAAGUCAAACCUCUCCAAUUUGACCCAGAUGAGACAAUUAUUUUAUUUGAUGUGACCUCUCUUUUCAUUUGUAUCCCCACAGCAUGGAGGAGGCUAAUGCAGGAGCAAAAAAGAGGACUAAACUGUCAUCUGACCAGAUCUGCCAACUGCUGGCAAUUUGUUUAAAUACCACAUCAUUCCAGUUCAGAGGAAACUUGGAAACUACAGGCAAAUCCACGGCUGUGCCGUGGGCUCACUGGUCUCUCCUAUCAUGGUUAACUUAUACAUGGAACAAUUUCAACAGGAGGCAUUGGCCUCAUUUCCAGGCACUUCGCCCACAUAUUGGUUUCGAUAUGUGGAUUACAACUGGACCAAAAUCAACAUUCAAGAUCUGGAGCCCUUUACUGCACAUAUUAAUGCUGUGGAUCUGAACAUCAACAUGGCAAGAGGGCAAGGAGAACAAGCUGGCCUUCUUAGAUUGUACAGUAACAAUAGGAGAGGAUGGCGACUCCUGGUAGAAGUUUACAGGAAGCCCACACACAUUGACCAAUACUGGCUGUUUGAUUCUCUCGGCCUUCAAUAGAUCUAAAAAGCAGGACAACAGAGAAUUAUCACUUAGUAGGAAAGGUGUAACCAUUCCUUACAUAGCUGAUUUUCAGACAGCAUGAAAUUCCGGUCUGUUUCAAACAUACACUUUAAGACAGACACUGGUUCACCCAAAGAACAAAACUCUGAACCACAAAGAAAGCAAUGUCGUCUACUCCGUCCAGUGUAGUGAAGACUGCAGUGAGCUUUAUAUUGGAGAAACAAAACCGCCAGAGAAUGUACCAACACCGUCAGGAGAGCUCCUUGGGAACCCAAUCAGAUCUUAGCCAAAGAAAAGAAAUGGUUUGAGAGGGGAGUUAAAGAAGUAAUUUUUAAUAGGAAAGACAAUCCUUUUUUGCACCAGAAUGAGGGCCUUGGACAUAAUUUAUCUUGUAUUUUUAAUUCCAUCCUCAGACCUAAAUCUAAACAAAGAAAACAGUAGGGCUAACCAGUAUGCUAAUAGGUGUGAGAGCACCCAUUAGGGUCCUGAAUGAUUAUGCUAAACAUGACUCAGGCACAGGUCACAUUUAAUGUAGCUCAUUAGACCUAGUCAUCAGACAUAAACUGUAAACAAUAGAUGUAUUAGUUUCAAAGUAGUUUGCUUUAUAUCUAUCUGAAGGGAGAAGCUGUGUCCACCAGUAAUCUGACCAGAACUGAAGAAGCCAUUUGGAUGAACAGCAAAACGUCUUCCCUCCAACAACUUUUUGUCCAGUUGGCAGAUUUGUUUUUUGUUUUUUUACUAUUUGUCUGAAAACUCAAGAAAAAAUGUUGAUUACACCAACUGCAAAGUAUCAAUACAGCCUUAGCAAAGUCAAACUGAAUUUCUCUGCAUAGGAUGCAAUACAAAAAUACAUUUUUUACCCCUGUGUCUACCCAUCAGUGUUGGGUAGUAACUACUUACAAAGUAAUCAAUUACUUUUUUUUAGUAACAAAGUAAUUUAACUAAUUACAAGUCAAGAACUAGCCCUAGUAACUUUUAGUUACUUUUUCCCAGCCAAAAUGUUUUAUAAUCCUUAGAACUCUGUUAUAAAACAGUAUGAAAAAGAUGAACAGGUAGUAUACAUGUCUUUUGGUGACAGAUGCAGAUCAGCUGUGAGGGCCAUGUGAGCGCCUCUGCUGCCCCUACACAAGAAGUGUAAUUAGUGUGAAGAUUUGAUGCUUUUUAUAAAUUGGUUCCUGAGCUGUAACUUUCAUUUUUUUCAAAGGAACUAAAAGAGCAAUCACUAAUUACAUUUGAAAUAAAGUAACUAGAAUAGUCAUAUUCUGACGGAGUAAUCUGAAAGUAAUCUGAACAACACUGCUUCCCAAACACCACAAUCUUAUCACUUCAGGAGCAGGCAGAUAGUAGCUCCUCAGGUUUCCAGUUCUGGAUGGUGCUGUAUUCAAUUGUAAAUAAAAGAGUGAGAGAUUUUAAAACUUUUGUCUGAACAGAUCUAUUUUUAAUGCAAGUGCUACAUUCUGUGUAACAGUGUGUUUGUGUUUCCUCAUCAAAAGACUAUUUGGACUUGUGUUUUGUUUCAUUCACAUGCUACAGAACUCAAAACACUCUGAAUAUUAAUGUUGAAAUAUGUCAUAUUUUUUUAUUUACAGAAGACAAGCAACAAUGCUCAUCCACAUCAUUUCAGAAGGUCCCAUUCAUUUAAUGGGAACACCAGUAAAUCAAAACAAAGAAAAUAUUGAAAACUUGUAAAUUUGACAAAAUGCAAUUAAAACUUAAAAAAAAACGGUGUAAUAAAAGUUGUAAAAUACGGGAAGUAGCGCUGAGUUUUAAAACAGAAUCCCUCAUUGACUGUCAUCAGCUGAUUUAACAAAAUAAAGGUUUUUGUGUUUGUCAAAUG